GCUACAAUGGUGGAAUUCCCAAAUCCGAACUUCCGAAACGUGCUGGCCACUGUUGGUUGCUAUAUUUACUUUACUCUUUGGUUGGUUGUUUUCAAGCGUCGAAAUAAAACAAAAUAAGUGCAUUGCCUGAGUUCAUUUCUCCAUUGGAAGUGUCAAGAGAAGUCACAAGUUUGCGCCUGGAGCCUGUGAAACCGAGACAUUUAAAGAAUCUUGCCUGUACCAUGACCGAUUUAAGCAAAUGGAAAAGUGCGCUAUCCCCGAACUACGAAAGCAAUGUAGACAAAUUAUAUCCAUAUUCGGAAAUGCCUUACGACAGAGAUUAUAAGGUGGUCAAGAUACCAUUUUGUACUGAAGAUCUCAUAGAACACGUCAAUUACUUUGGCGAAGGAAAAGGGGAGAUGACCGUAGGAUUUAAUAAUUGCUACAAUGUUCAUUAUCAAUUCUAUUUAGUUUCAAGUGGCCAAGAUAAAGGCAGAAAGAUACCUAACAGAAUACCGAUUUCUCCUGACGAUGUCAAUGAGGGAACCCGCAAAUAUAUUAAAGAUAAUUCUGUUAGAACUGUUACAGUUGCACUCGCUAGAGAAAAUAUGUCUAAAGCUAUUGCACAAGACAUAGCUCGGAUUGCAAAUGGCCGUGAAGGAAAAGUUAUCAUUUAUGAUUAUACUCACGAGGAGAGUGAAAUAAUUACAGAAGAGCUGAAGAUUACAAAACAGUUAUUCUACUGUCCCAUCUGGAUUGUACCAGAUAACCUUGCAUUAAGCUACUGUAAUACGUCAUACAAAGCUUAUUUGAACAGGAACGAAAUCAAAAGAGAGCUUUAUAGAAAUAUCGUAAAGGAUGAUAUCGAAGCUGCUGUCAUACUAACUGCUUGUUUGAAUAACCCGUACGCCAGCAACGCUAUACGAGAUGUUGUUAAUAAACUCAUUGAGAAUAAAAUUGCGAGUGUCAUUGUGUACGCGUACAAACUGUGGAAUAAUAAUUUCAGAGAUGUUGUCUUAAAACAUUUUCCUCAAGUGUUCCAAGAGAUAUUCAAAGGAGAAUGCAUGGUCAUUGUCAAUAAACUACAUAAUCAAGAAUUGCUCCUAGAACCUACCUCGAAAUUGGCGCUUUGUGGCAACCAAUACAAAUCAACAAAGAAAAUGGGAUGGAGGCUAAUUCCCGAAUGGAAUGAUAAUAAUGUUAAUCUGAUAUUCAAACUGUACAACGUUGAUAGCAAAAUGUUUUUGAAAUUGUGUUCUGGAGGCGGAGAUGGCGUGGAAGAGAAAGCACAUGGUUCAGAAGAUUCCAAGGACCAAAAUGUUAAAUUUAACUUAGUGCCACUAAUGAUGAAUAGGCAAGUUGCUUUUACUAUUCAUAGUUACGAGCAUGGCAAGCGAUUGGAGUUGCCCGCCGAUAUAGAUUCCUCACUAAACAAGCCUGUUUUGGGGCAGAAAGCUGAUGCUAGUGAGAAUGAUGACCGGUCCAGGUGGAUUUUAGCGGCCUCAAAUGAUAUAAAUUGUGAAGAUUAUGAUUCAGACUUUUCUUGUCGAGAUGAUUCGUCCGGAUAUUGCAACCAGUAAUAAGUAACGUUCUUUGAUUACAAUAAAUUCCUUUGCUUUAUUUUAAAGACUGCAUAGUAAUAUUUUUCUAAGUAUAAAACGAUUUUAACGUGUAGCCGUAUAAUAUUUUACCACCUCUCGUGUUUAUUAAUAAUUAAAAUGUCACAGUUACCCUUAACAACAGGGUUUUGAUU